UAGGUUUGGCAACUCUAAUCGGCAGCUGUUUAGCGCCGAAUUCAAAAUUUUGUGUCACUUUCAGGUCGAUGACUGUUGAUGGCUGGCGAUUUUUCCCAAUAGAUUCGCUUUUCUCUAUCGGGAGAAAUCGACAACCGUGCAAAGUAGGAAAGUUUUGUGAUAAACCAUAUUGCAUUGAACGCACAAAGCGAGCAACGCCAUGGAUCCAAACGAUGCUAGUUUAACCUGCGUGGCAAAUCUGGACUGGCUUAAUGCCCAGGGGACCACUGUCAAAAAGAUAGCCUACAAGCAGGCUACACUUCGAUUGAUUCGCAACAGCCUCAAGGAGAUGUUCCUGGAAAUUUCUGCCGACAAGAACAAACCGGUCAAGCUAAAGUUAAAAGGUAUAAACGUGCACUCAAAAUUCAUGGCCGAAGGUAAAGCAACUAUCCGUUUCAACGAGGAAAAAUGCACCCUGUUCCUGUCGAAUGCACCCCCGGGACUGCUGGUUCAGUUUCUCAAAAUUAUUUUCAUCAAAAUAACGACCGGACAAACAUCCAAUGGUGAGUCGAAGGAAGAACUAUUGAAGAAGACUCGUGCCCAUUUGCUGUCGGAAAAGGCUCACCAAUUCGACGAGAUAAGUCCGGUAACAAAUACCGAAUUAGCUAGAGCUAAGAAAAUGGCCGUUGGAAAAGGGUCUGUUACCACACCUUCACCGCCCCAAAAACGAAAGCGUACUUCCGGUGAAGCGGAUCGACCUCCUCCGAAGAAGUUGUACACCCCAUCUCCACUUACCAGCAACAACGCCAUGCCAGUGGAAUCACAAGUUCUGAACGAUGAACAGAAAGCCGUUCUUAGCGCAUGUCAAUCGGGACGUAGCAUCUUCUUCACCGGAUCGGCUGGAACCGGAAAAAGUUUUCUGUUAAGGAAAAUCAUCUCCACUUUACCACCGGAUGGAACAGUGGCAACAGCUUCUACUGGUGUGGCCGCUUGCUUAAUCGGAGGAACCACACUACACUCAUUUGCUGGCAUUGGAAGUGGUGAGGCAGCUCUAUCCCGAUGCUACGAGAUGGCUUCAAGACCCAACACCAGUCAAAUCUGGCGCAAAUGCAAGCGACUUAUCAUAGACGAAAUAUCGAUGGUAGAUGGAGAUUAUUUUGAGAAAAUUGAAGCAGUAGCUCGAUACAUUAGGAAAAAUGAUAAGCCCUUCGGAGGGAUUCAACUGAUACUUUGUGGAGAUUUCUUCCAGCUUCCUCCAGUGAUAAAACAAGAUCGCAUACCACGGGGAGCUCUCUCCCAGGAUUCGGAUCCAACAGACGCUGUCCGUUUUUGUUUCCAAACGCCGGCCUGGAAGGAAUGCAUUCAAAAUUCCUUCGAACUAACCGUCGUCCAUCGGCAGAAGGAUCCCGAAUUUGUUUCCAUCCUAAACAGUAUCAGAAUAGGUCGAGUAACGCAGGAGAUUCGCGAUCGUCUGGGGGCCACUUCAAAGCAACGAAUCGAAGUCGAAGGAAUCCUAGCCACGCAAUUGUGUUCCCACACUAACGAUGCCGAUUUAAUCAAUCAAACCAAGCUGAACAAUCUGACUGGAGAGGAAAAGACUUAUCACGCUACCGAUAGCGAUCCUUAUAUGACGAAAACUCUAGACCAACAAGUUCAAGCCCCUGGAAAGCUUGUCGUUAAAAUCGGUGCUCAAGUUAUGUUGCUAAAAAAUAUCAACAUUACCGAAGGUUUAGUGAACGGUGCUCGAGGUGUUGUGAUUGAUUACGUCCAAGGAUAUCCAUUAGUGAAAUUCAAAAAACGAGAGUUCCUAGUCAAACCUGAAAAGUGGUCUAUUAAAACACCGGGAGCCGUUAUUGUUACACGCUCUCAACUGCCACUGAAGUUGGCGUGGGCAUUUUCGAUCCACAAAUCGCAAGGGCUGACGCUGGAUUGUGUCGAAAUGUCCCUUUCGAAGGUAUUCGAAGCUGGUCAAGCUUACGUAGCGCUAAGCCGUUGCCAGAGUCUCGAUAGUUUGCGGGUACUUGAUUUCGAUGGAAAACAAGUUUGGGCCAAUCCCAAGGUGUUGGAGUACUAUCGGGAUCUCCGUCGACAGAUUCGUGAUCGGGAUCUGAUGGCACCGGUGGCGAUUCCUAGGCAGAAGAAUCAAGGAGGCCUAAAAAAAUCUCUAUCGGCUAUGGGCCUUACUAAAUCUAUGAUGAGUAAGCCUCUGCUAACCAUUAAAUAAGUUUAGUAUUGACUCGAUUAUGCAUUAUCAUACCAUGACUUCAUGUAUUUCCAUAUUAUAGUAUUCCCUUAGGCAAAAAUUAUUUUUUCAAAUAUCAUCAUAUAAAAAAUUAAUCAAAUAAUACUAUUUCACGCUAUAUAUAAAAAAAUAUGCAAUAUAUUACUGACGCAACGUAUUAAAAUAAAUAAGCUUGUGAACAAUAA